AUGUCCCUUCCUUUGCUUUGUCUCUUCCUACUCCUGCAGUCUUUGUUUACAUCAGGGGAAGUGACUCACCAGAGAUGCUUUGAUUACUGGAAGCCCAACACCUACAUGAAGGCUGACAUAAUCCUAGGUGCAUUUGUCCCCAUUUACAUCACAAUAGAAGGAUUCUACAAAAGCCAUAUAUUUUUUGAGAUCAAACCGGAUAUACUUGAUAAUUUUCGAGGGAGAUGGAAAAACUAUCAAUAUUUGCUGGCCUUCUACUUUGCCAUUGAGGAGAUCAAUAAGGAUGUCCACCUGCUUCCCAAUGUGACCUUGGGUUUCCACCGCUACAAUGCCUUUAACUCCCACCGGAGAACCUUGGAGGGCCCUCUGAUGUGGCUGUCUGGAAGGAGGGAGUUUAUCCCUAACUACAAAUGCAAAACUCAACACAAAGCUCUUGGAAUCAUUGCAGGAACCAGGCCUGAAUUUUCUGCUGCAAUUGGAACCCUUUUAGAGCUCUAUAAAGUACCACAAGUAAGUUGGCAAAGUUUUGGUGUCCAUAAUCAAAUAAAACAUCUGACCAAAAGAAAAUGGAGUUGUCUAUGUUUCCUGCUGGUGAUUUCAAAUGAUGAUCUGAAAGGAAAGGAGUUCCUCUCUGACCUGAAAGCAGAGAUGGUAUCAGAAGAUAUCUGUGUGGCUUUUACAGAAAAACUCCAGGCUAAUUGGAAGUAUCAGUUAACAUCUGAUGUUGGGUUGGUGAAUUUGAUCCAACAUACACAAGCAAAUGUGCAUGUAUUCUAUGGUGAUAUAGAUGACUUAGUAUUUUUCUUCAUGAAAACUAAAAUCAUGAAAGCCAUAAGGAAGGUGUGGAUCAUGGCAAAGUCCCACUUAGUUUACUUAGAGUCUGUAUUCUAUGAAAAAAAUUAUUUGAAGGACUUUUUUGAAGGUAGCUUCUCAUUUUCAAAGAAGAGAGAUAUCCCUGGCUUCAAGCCCUUUCUAGAGGCACUUACACCCUCCCAGUACCCAGGUGAGCUUUACUUUAAUAAAUUCUGGAUUGACAAUUUUUAUUGCUCACCUCCUCCUCUGCUAUGUGGAAAUCAUAAACCCUGCCCAGUGAAUACAUCCCUAAAGACAAAGCAAGAAAUAAAUGUGAUGAUCACUUCUGAGCCCAGUUUUUCCAUAUGGAAUGCAGUGUAUUCGGUGGCCCAUGCCCUCCAUAACAUGCUUUUGAGGACAACAGGAAUAGGAUCUCAUGAAGACACAAACCACGAGAGGCUUCUACCCUGGCAGAUCAAUGAAGAUAUGAUUAAAUGGCCAGGCAACUUCAAUCAGACUCCUCAAUCUGUAUGUACACAGAGCUGUGGUCCAGGUUUCUGGAAAAUUCUGGAAGAUGAAAGACCAAUCUGCUGUUUUUCUUGUGUGCUUUGUCCAGAGAGUUACAUUUCCAACGAGACAGAUCAGCAGGAUUGUAUCCCUUGCCCACUUCAAGAGUAUCCAAACCCUGAAAGAAACAUCUGCCUUCCCAAAUCAGUGACAUUCCUGUCCUUUGAGGAUUCUCUGGGCAAGGCUCUGGCCUGCACAGCUCUGUGCUUCUCUGUCAGCACAGCUGUAGUUUUGGGGAUCUUUCUCAAACACCAAGAUUCACCCAUUGUUAAGGCCAAUAACCGGACACUCAGCUUCAUCCUGCUCAUCUCCCUCCUCCUCUGCUUUCUAUGUUCUUUUCUCUUCAUUGGCCACCCAAGCACAGCCUCCUGCAUAUUGCAGCAAAUUGCAUUUGCACUUGUGUUCACUCUGGCUCUUUCCACUGUUUUGGCCAAAACUAUAACUGUAAUUCUGGUCUUUAGAGCCCUGAAGCCAGGAAGGACAAUGAAAAGGCUGCUUGUCUCAGGCAUCCAUAACUCUGUCAUCCCCAUCUGUGUCCUGAUCCAGUUUAUUCUUCUUGGAGUCUGGCUAGGAACCUCACCUCCCUAUAUUGAGGCAGAUGCGCACUCUGAACAGAGUCACAUCAUCAUUUUGUGCAACAAGGGAUCACUUACUGCUUUCUACUGUGUGCUGGGAUACUUGGGGAUCCUGGCCCUAGGGAGCUUCACUCUGGCUUUCCUGGCCAGGAACCUGCCUGACACAUUCAAUGAAGCCAAGUUCCUGACAUUCAGCAUGCUGGUGUUCUGCAGUGUCUGGGUCACCUUCCUCCCUGUCUACCACAGCACCAAGGACAAGGCCAUGGUGGCUGUGGAAAUGUUCUCCAUCUUGACUUCCAGUGCAGGGCUGCUAGGAUGCAUCUUUUUCCCAAAGUGCUAUAUUAUUCUUGUUAAACCUGAUGAAAACUCUUUGAAAUAUUUUAAGAACAAAAUAAAAUCCAGAUAA